UCGAUGGGCUGAGCUUCGUUGGAAGACCACAUGACGGGGCACAACAAGGAGAAGCGUUAUGAGUGCGACGUGUGUGGCAAGGCCUGGCAGAAGCCGAGCCAGCUGGAGACCCACCGGCGGGUUCACACAGGAGAAUGCCCCUUCGACUGCUCCGACUGCAGCAAGCGCUUCAAGACGGCGAAGGACCUGAAAGACCACCGGCGGGUGCACACGGGUGAGAAGCCCUAUGGCUGCUCCACCUGCGGCAAGAGCUUUUCGCAGUCGGCAGGGUUGUGGGAUCACCGGCGAGUGCACAAGGGUGAGCGGCCCUUCACCUGCUCUGACUGCGGCAAAGGCUUAAAGUCGUCCAAGGGCCUGAAGAUCCACAGGCACAUGCACAUUGGGGAGCGCCCCUACACCUGCAGCGACUGCGGCAAGGGCUUCAUCCGCUCCAACGACCUGCUGGAGCACCAGCCGGCUGGCGUUAACGUACCGCGGCAGCUCUUUGGGGUUCAGCGGCUGGAGUUGGGAUUUCACAGCUUGCGUUCGGAUUUAGCAACGCGUUUAGCGGCUGGCAUUGGGGCAGCUGCUGGCGUUGGUGGUUUAGCGGCUGAUGAGGUUUAG